AACCCCACAUUCCGUUUCUACUCAGUCAUUUCUAAUAUUGUACUAUACUAGUAGUCUAGUCUAGUAUCCCUGCUUCCACAUUCACCAAGUAAUAAAAAAGGUAGCAAUUAACGAGCGUCGUCGCUCGAAGAUGGGAGUGACGCUAACGAGCGCAAUCGUAUCCUCGGCGCGCAACGCCGUGACGCACCGGCGAAACUGUGAGCAGCUGGCGGAGCACGUGAGAGUGAUCGAGAAGUUACUUGAGAAGCUGAGAUCAACGGACCUGAUCAAGCUCCCCGCCGUAAAGGAGCCGUUGGAUGGGUUGGAGGAGGCCCUGAAGAAAGCGGUGGAGUUGGUGGACAGCUGUAGAGACAAGAGUUGUCUCUACAUGGUUGCCAUGGGGUGGACCGUAGUCUAUCAAUUCCGCCACAUCCAGGACGACAUUGAUCGAUAUCUUAGACUCGUCCCCUUGAUUUCUUUGGUCCAUGAGUUUCGAAUGCAGAAUCUGAAAGAAGGGUUAGAGGCAGUAGAGAAGGAUAGUAAAAACGAUUACACACUUGAGCAAGAAGACAUUGAAGCUCAUAAUGUGAUUCUUAAACCAGACAGAACAAAGAAAGAUGCAGACAUAUUAGAGAAAUCUCUGUCUCGUAAGUACCCGGACUUGGGUUUUGACCAGGCACUCCAACAUGAGAGGGAGAAGCUCAACGUUGAGUUGCUUCGAUCAAGAACACUAAACUAUCCAGACCAAUGCCGAGUGAUCGAACACCUUAUCGAUGUCACUGAGAAUGUGGUAAACGUAGUUCUUCCUGGAAAAAAUGUUGACAAAAUUGUUACCACUACUAAUUAUGAUGUUGCAUCAUCAGGGUACGUAAACAAUUUAAAAACUAGCUAUGAAGAAGUAGUUAGUAAGUCGGAAUGGCAAGCUGAUCUUUUUGGCUGCUGUAGUGAGCCUUGUCUUAGCUUGAAGACUUUUCUUUAUCCUUGCGGAACAUUUUCAUGGAUAGCAAAUAUAGUCUCCAAAGGAAAAAUAUCUCGUGAAAAAGCAAUAAACAAUCUAGUGAGAUACUCUAUAUUUGGUGGUUGUUGCUGUUACACUUUCUGUAUUAGAAGGAAUUUGAGGCAACUUUAUAAUAUAGAGGGUGGUUCUUGUGAUGACUUCUUAACCCACCUCAUGUGUUGCUGCUGUGCAAUGGUUCAAGAAAGGCGUGAGCUUGAACUUAGAAACUCCGAGGGUUGCCAAGGAAAAAAGAUGAUUCCCCCUCCAUGUCAAUACAUGAAGUCAUAAAUCAUUGUACACUUGGGUUUUCAAGUAAGAGAAAAACUCAUAAAAGACCCGGAAACAAAUGAACUAGUCUAGUUGUUUAUGUAUGAAAGGUCAAUAUGUAACACAUUAUUGAUAUAUAUAUAUAUAAAUGUUUCUCUUA